AUGGAUCAAAUUCUGUUUGGAGCUCUGAGGAUCUCCUCGGGAGGACUGGCCUCGCAUGGAGGAGCGAGAUUUUGCCUACGGGCUCUUGAGUCAAGCGGAAUUGGAGUAAGGAGAACUGGAGAUCGAAACACGAGGGAACAGCAACGAAGAAAAGAGCAAGAAGAGCUCGAGAGUGUGGAGGAGCUGCUUAAAAUCAAGCACGAGCUGACAAAAGAAAGGGAUGAAAAGCUGUCUGAAAUUGCCAGACUGAAAGAAGACAUUCAAGUCCAAAGUAAUAAAGCUCAGCGAGAAGCUAGAAAAGGAGAGGAACUUAAAAAAGAGUUGAGUCAAGCAAAGAGCGAUUUAGAAAAUAGAACUGCUGAGCUGCAGACAAAAGCAGAAAAUCUUCAACGUGCACAGGAAGACAUCACAAAACUUGACCAGCAACUCAAGGAAGAGAGGAUAAUGAAUGAAAAAGCUAUGGAGUAUACAGAUGCGUUGAAUGCUCGCCUAAACAAAGUCCAGCAAGAUUUUGAUCAGCAACUUGUCAGCAUUGAUCGGCUGGCCACGGAAAACGCACAGAAAGGUGCCGAGUUAAAGGCAAAGGAAGACGAGAUAAACGGACUGAGACAGGAAACACUGCACCAAAGUGCAAUGGCAGAAGCCAUCCAGAGAAAGCUGAGAGCCAUUGAGGAUCUGAAGAUUGAGGUUGAACAACGCGAAGGAACUCUUAAAGGACAAGUUUCUGGCUUGAAAAAAGAACUUGAAUCAAGCAGAAUGGAAGCUGAAGCAGAUAAAAAAGCCAUCGAUGAUCUUGUCUGCGAAAGGGACAUCCUUAACCAGUUUAAAGUAGACAUCCAAGUCCAAAGUGAUAUAGCUCAGAAAGAAGCUAGAAAAGGAGAGGAACUUAAAAAGGAGUUGAGUCAAGCAAAGAGCGAUUUAGAAAAUAGAACUGCUGAGCUGAAAACAAAAACAGAAAAUCUUCAACGUGCACAGGAGGACAUCACAAAACUUGACCAGCAACUCAAGGAACAGAGGAUAAUGAAUGAAAAAGCUAUGGAGUAUACGGAUGCGUUGAAUGCUCGCCUAAACAAAGUCCACCAAGGUUUUGAUCAGCAACUUAUCAGCAGUAAUCGGCUGGCCACAGAAAACACACAGAAAGCAGCCGAGUUGAAGGCAAAGGAAGAGGAGAUAAACGGGCUGAGACAGGAAACACUGCACCAAAGUGCAAUGGCAGAAGCCAUCCAGAGAAAGCUGAGAGCCAUUGAGGAUCUGAAGAUUGAGGUGGAACAACGCGAAGAAACUCUUAAAGGACAAGUUUCUGACUUGAAAAAAGAACUUGAAUCAAGGAAAAAUCAAGCUGAAGCAGAUAAAAAGGCCAUCGAUGAUCUUGUCUGUGAAAGGGACAUCCUUAACCAGUUUACAGUAGACAUCCAAGUCCAAAGUGAUCAAGCCCAGCGAGAAGCUAGAAAAGUGGAGGAACUUGAAAAGGAGUUGAGUCAAGCAAAGAGCUAUUUAGAAAAUAGAACUGCUGAGCUGAAAACAAAAACAGAAACUCUUCAACGUGCACAGGAAGACAUCACCAAACUUGAUCAGCAACUCAAGGAACAGAGGAUAAUGAAUGAAAAAGCUAUGGAGUAUACGGAUGUGUUGAAUGCUCGCCUAAACAAAGUCCAGCAAGGUUUUGAUCAGCAACUUGUCAGCAUUGAUCAGCUGGCCACAGAAAACACACAGAAAAAGGCCGAGUUGAAGGCAAAGGAAGAUGAGAUAAACGGGCUGAGACAAGAAACACUGCAUCAAAGUGCAAUGGCAGAAGCCAUUCAGAGAAAGCUGAGAGCCAUUGAGGAUCAGAAGAUUGAGAUUGAACAACGCGAAGAAACUCUUAAAGGACAAGUUUUUGGCUUGAAAAAAGAACUUGAAUCAAGCAGGAAGCAGACUGAAGCAGAUAAAAAAGCCAUCGAUGAUCUUGUCUGUGCAAGGGGCAUCCUUAACAAGAGAAUUGAAGAAAUUAGAGAGAAACUUCGCUAUCUAUCGCUUGGAGGUAAAAUAUCUGUAAUUGAGCACUUUGUACGUAGAACGCUUUAUCUGGGGAAGAUGGCUCUGAAUGACAUGGAGAACAAAUUGGAGGAUGCGAAGAAAGCUCUAGCAGAU